CCUCAAUUCACCACACGCGCCAACCAGUGUCGUCAGUUUCGAGAGAACCGUGUUCGUUACAAGUUGCGUGUGGAAGACGCUCGCCGCGACGACGCGUCACCUUAGCACAAGCACAGCUACCUCGGUUGUUUAAGUUUUGCUGUAAUUUCGGACGAUUUUGUAUGGAGUGAUUACCAAUCCUACCUUUCCCCCCGGUUGUUGAGUCGAUUUUUGCUGUUGGACGUUGUUUGGUAUGCUGAAUACGGAGUAAAAGUCACCGCAUAGUGGAUAGUGCAGUGUGGGGGAACGAAACGAAGCGAGCUCAGUUGGAAUAAGGUUAAAUUUAAGUUGGAGCCUACGAGGAGCUCAACGCUACGAUGAACUACGGCCGGAAGACUCCGUCGACCUACAGGUCGACACCGUCGGUCUAUUCGCACAUUACAAGCCGAUCGCAAUCGAAUCUGCACUCACAGCGAUCGCGAUCGAUGAAAUCCGUCCGGAUACCAUGGUAUCAGAAGCCAUUGCUGCACAACAACAAAUACAUUGACAUCCAGCGGGGAGCGAUCAUCACCGGGACGUUCUCGAUCUUUGUCGCAAUCUUCACGAUCGUAACUGCCAUCUUUGACGUGUACUGCCUGGCAAUGGCCGCUCCAGGCUCCACGCACUACGGAUACUACAUCAUCUCGUACGAAUUUGUCUACGUCGGAAACAUUCACGUGCGAAAUGCGCUGAUGAUCGCGGCACUGUUUUCGCUUAUUGGUGGCCUGGUCGUGCUGGUGACCAGCAUAAUGUUAGUACACGCGCUUCGUAAAGAACACGAAAACCGGGUCGUUCCAUGGCUAUGGUCAUUUGCCGUAUUCACUCUGUUCCGAUUCCUUGCACUGCUGCUGUUCUCGAUCGUGAACGAUCUGAUCUUUGCGUACAACGUCAUCAUAACCAUGAUCUGGAUAAUGAUCAUCUUGGCAUCGGUCUAUGGAUGGCUGGUGGUCUACUCGCUAUACCUGGAGCUAGCCGACUUGACCAAGCUGGAAGAUCUGGCCCAUUUGAGGAUGGGAACGAUGCAAUCCCUGAACGCUUCAGUUGCUCAUUCGCUGGCUGGAUCCCGUCCAACGACGCCACACAGCACGGUAUCGACCAUGCCAGUCGGUGGAGUAGUCUAAGACCUGCCAAACCCCAGUCGGAACCGUCCGUCAAGGCCAGAAUCUCGAUGUUAAUGUAAACACAAAUAACACAAGAAAAAAUCGAAAAAAUACAAAUAACACAAAUCACUAGCGUACUAAGUGACGAACCCCUUCCGCUGACGGAAGGGUAGGUUUUAGCAACUAAGGCCGUCCAUGUUUUAAACUAAGUUUUUAGACCUUAUCGACUACUAAAACGUUGUCAAUCGAAAUCUUGAACGAACUGUAUAGAUGUGCCUUUUUUCCGUGUAAUUAAAGCAACGUUCAAAUCGUAUUAAUUUUAAUCCGUUUCUCGUUUUUUUUUUCGUCCACGGUCAACCACGACGACGAAAGAUGAAGAGAAAUCUGUUUUACUAGAUUUACACUUGCCUAGACUGUAAGAACGGAGAGUAAGAAAAAUAAAAUCUAAAUGUGAAACAAAAAAA